AAGGCUUUUAUCUGCAUUCGAUCAUCUGCCGCAGACACUGAUCGAUCGACAGUAUCACAGAAAUGUCAAAUAUGAGCUUCCUGGAUUUCCAGUACAACAUCUCCAAGAGAAAGUUCUUGCGAAAACCUUCUCAUCUGUUUUCCUUCAGAGACAGGCAAAGCUCAGGCUUAAAAUCUGGUUUCCAGCCAAAUGAGAAUGAGAUGAAGCAGGUGUUUGAUAAAUUUGAUGCCAACAAAGAUGGGAAGAUUUCUCAGCAGGAGUACAAGGCCGUGCUAAGAGCAUUGGGAAAGGGUGCGAUGAUCGGCGAAGUGCCGAAGAUCUUCGAGGUGGCUGAUCUGGACGGAGAUGGGUUCAUUGAUUUCGGAGAGUUCAUGGAAGUGCACAAGAAAGAAGGUGGAGUUAAGAAGAUGGACAUACAGAAUGCUUUUCGAACAUUCGAUUUGAACGGUGACGGGAAAAUAAGCGCGGAAGAAGUUCUUGAAAUGUUGAGGAGGCUGGGAGAGAGAUGCACCCUGGAGGAUUGCCGGAGAAUGGUGAGAGCAGUGGACAUUGAUGGGGAUGGUAUGGUUAACAUGGAUGAGUUCAUGACCAUGAUGACUCGCAACAUGAAGAGCGUUUAGACAUCUCUGGAUGGGGAGGAGUGGCAUCUUCUGGUUGGGAGUAAAUGCUGGAUACUAUAUAUAUAUAUAUAUAGUCUUACAAUUGUCUAACAAUGUUGAUAUGUCACUCCAAAUAAACUAUUGGAUUUUAUUUUAUUUUUAAUUAUUUAACAAGGAUUAAUCCAAUGAUUAAUUGUGAGUGUCA